CUCAGAAGAGUAGUGGGUAGGAUGGGGAAAGUGGCACUGUGGAAGCAGGUACUGAAUUUUCCAUUUUCUCUCCAUACCUUCCCUUUCCCAGCCAAUCUAUAGAACAUCCAUACGGCAUCAUUUUUGGAAUACAUAUUUGGGUUACGUUGUUCUGAUAUGUCAGGAGAUAUUUUUAAUGAGGAUAUCAUCAUGGAAAUUGCCUUUACCUGAGCUUUGUUCCUAUCAGAAUUGUUUCCAAUCCAGUUCUGGGGAUCUGUGACGGGGCAGAGUGGCCCCGCACUGGUACCGCAGGAGUUAACCCUUUCUUCCUAGCAGAGGAAGCCACGCCCCAGAAGCUUUGCUGGGCAUGCUCCAACUGGAGAACAGGUAUAAAAGCCUGCAGACCAGCUUGGUCAGGGCUGACCAGUGGAGGAGAAGGAUGCAUGCUGCCAGCUCCUGAAGAGGGAGUGCCUGUGUGCCAGAAUCCAGGAGUCAGCCAAGCCAAGGCAUUACCUGAGACCCCAACGGAGGACGUCACAGGGGAGGAACAGACCGGAGGACCCCCUGCUGCAGAUGAACUGGUACUCACGGUAGGAAGUGACCCAGGGGAACUCUAGAGACAAACAGCAUUAAAGCUGUGUUGAUGCUUGGCGUGUUGCGGGUGGAUCCCCGCCAAGCGAGUGGCAAGGAGAGCUUGCCUCUACCAGGGCCCUGGGUCAGAGCUCGGUGAAGAGAGCAGGCCCGAGUCCCCAUACCCCCUGAACCGUGAGGGAUCCUAGAGACUCUGGCCGCUAGGCUGUGCUAUCCUGCCAGACAGAGCUGAUAGGAGGGAAGGAGGCCGUAACCGACUGCCUGCAGGGAGGCGGAAGCAAGGACUGGAGAGUGGUGAGGUGCUGACACCCCAUCCUAGCCUUGCCACAAAGGGGCGCUGCGGUGCCAGGCUCACCACAGGAUUCCUUCAAGUUACUCCAUCCUUGUCUUGCAUCUCUGUUAGAGAUGGGCCUGUACCAAAGCUGGAAUCCAGAUCUGAACUUCGUAGCAUAGGCCCAUGCUGUGGAGUAUUGAGAAUGUGUUGGAAUUUGAAACUUUAUGCUUUAACAAGCGAAGUGAUCAACGGCGAGAUGCAGUUCUAUGCCAGAGCCAAACAUUUCUAUCGGGAGGUGCCAGCGACAGAAGAGGGCAUGAUGGGAGAUUACAUUGAGCUGUCCAGUACGGACAUUGAAUCCUCCAGGGAAUUUCUUAGGAAGUUUAUUGGGGGUCCUGGGAAAGCUGGCACUGAGCGUGCCCUCGACUGUGGUUCUGGGAUUGGACGGGUCACUAAGCAUGUCCUCUUGCCAGUUUUCAAGAGUGUGGAACUGGUGGAUAUGAUGGAGAAUUUUCUGGCUGAGGCCCAGAACUAUUUACAGGGCAAGAAAGACAGAGUAAAGAUGUACUAUUGCUACAGCCUCCAGGAAUUCACUCCAGCCCCCCAAAAAUAUGAUGUCAUCUGGAUACAGUGGGUUUCAGGUUACCUGACGGAUAAAGAUCUCCUGGAGUUUCUUAUCCGGUGUCAAAAUGGCUUGAAGGAUAAUGGCAUUGUCAUUCUCAAGGACAACAUGGCCCGGGAAGGCUGUAUCCUGGACCCAUUGGACAGCAGCGUGAUCCGAGACCUGAGCAUCCUCCAGAGCCUCGUUGAGAAAAGUGGGCUCACCAUCCUGCAGCAGGAGAGGCAGAAGGGCUUCCCUGAGCAGUGUGUCCCCGUCUGGAUGUUGGCCAUGCAGAAGGACCCUGGCCUACCCUGAAAGGGGGUGUGCGUGGAUAUGAAGCCACUGAAACAUGACUGAUGCUCAGGACUUGCACUGAGAGGAAGAAGAGAAAAUGUCUGCUAAAAUCCCACUAUUAGUGUAGCUCUACUACUACAGCUACAGGGCUCUGCCGCCGCCGAAUGAUCAUGAGAGUAACUGCACCUGAACCAGGGCAUGCCAGCAAUUACCCUGUUCCCAAAACCAGGCUGCCUCGUCUUCACAUCUUCUACCAAUAGGCCUCCUUUCUGUGAGAUUUCUAUUGUAUCUAAAGGGAUACAACUCAUCUGUGAGAAAAUAAUUAGGCUAAAGCUUUCCAAAGUGACCUGAGACUCUCAGAUUUUGGGUGCCCCACAUGAGAUGCCAUAACGAAGCUUGUUUUUUUCAGAGGAUGGAUGCUCAGCUCUUCCUGGAAAUCAGGGCCCCUUAAGAAGAUUCAAGUUGGACAUAUACAUUACUUCUCUUCUGAAAAUCUCGGUUUAACUCCAUAUCUGUGUGGCUAAUAAUACCUUAGAUUAUUGGAACUGAAAAUGUCAGGAGUGUCUAAUCUAUUUACUGUCAGUUAUGCUGUUUAUUUAUUUAUUUUUGCCUUUCACUCAGGUUGGAUGGUGAAACUAAUCUGGUCAAUUUCAUAUUUUUAAGUCAAUUUCACUUCCUUCUUCCCCUGCCCUACAAGGAUGCUGUUAUAUUAGGAUUCUCAAUACUUCUGGGGAAAAUGUCAAUGACAAAGAUCUACAUUGUAAAAAGCUGUUUGCAUUGAAAACUUUGCGAAAUGGUUUCUAUGAGUAUUAAGUUGCGGAAAACAUUUGUUUUAAAACCAAAGCUACAUCACAGCAGAAACUACUUGGGAGACUCCCCUCAUGAUUCAUACAACCAUGAGGUCCUUUCUUUCCCACUGUUGUGGGUUUCAUUGAGAGGCCGGCAGGCCUAGUGGGCAGGUCGUGGCCUGUCAAUUUCUCUGUGCCCCCAAAGUUAACCCACAUGUACUGGGUUGGUAUGUAGGGGGACCAGCCCACCAUCUCCAUCAGGUCCCAGCCCAGGGCCCAUGGGGUAGAGGUGUGGAACAUGUUGAUCACCUCUUCCUGGUGCACUUGACUAGUCUUCCUUGGGAUGCUUCCUACCUCCCUGCUCUCUAUCUGGUUUGGUGUAUAGACACAGCCCACUUUCUCCCCAACAGGGGUUCCCAGUCAGUGAACUAAGCACUUCGCAGCUCUCUUGGUAGUGUCCAAUUAUUCUCCCUCUGCAGAGAGUGGGGGAAGCCUCUACCCUCCUGGUUGAGUCUAAGCCACAGUCCAGUCCCUCUCCCAUGGAUCACUUUGUCCCUAGAAACUUCAAAUUUUCUUCCUCCCUUUGAACAGCCUCCCUGCUUGACUAUCUGAGUCCUCUUUUGAGCAGGGACAGGGUCCACUUGGCCCAGUACUGCUCCAUCAGUCUCUGUGGGAGGGUGUCUCUAAAUCCCAUCACACCCAUAUUCAAAACAAGUCUGACAUGAUAUGCAGGGCUAAUGGCAUUUCAAGGAGCGUUAACAGUGAGGCUAAGGGAUAUUACUAGUACAAUAUUGAACUAAUUAACUGUACUAAGCUACGGAGGAUGUUACUUUAACCCAAAGGCAUCUAUGAUUUAUAUUUAAACAGCUUGGGUUUGACAUUACUAGUAAUCAUAUAUCCCCUCUCCUCUGUGCUAUCCAGAGAUUAUACACAGAACAGCUUCUUGUUUCACUUACACAAGCACAAGGAGAGCUGUGUGGAGGACAGAAGUUCUAGUUCAUGAAGGAUUUUGAAUUUUCAAAAUUUGGCUUCAUUACGAAUCGGAGUGAAAACUGAACAUUUCAGAAUUCUCCACCAAAUAAAAUU